UUAGCUUAAUGAACCCUAUCAGUGACCUAUUUUGCUCAUUUUAUUCGACCUUAUUUUACGGGGGUUCAAGUAGCUUGAUGUUUUUGUACAAGAUACAAACUUUGCCUACUUCGUUUGUGUAGCGGCUAACUAUUUAACUUCACAUGUCGUGCGUUAGCACAUCAGCUAGCUUGCUACCCAACCAUUAUGUGAACAAAGACCUACAGAGGUUAGCCGCUCAGCCUAAUGAGGCUAGCAGCUAGCUCUUCCACUCACACCGAACAAAGCUUGGGAUUUAAAGAUGCCACGUAAGAAGGUGACAGAUGUCUCAGGGAACGGUGGGAUGAAAAGGAAGAGGGCCAGUGGGAAAAGGAAAGAGAGGGAUUUCAGCAGUGAUGAUGAGUUCGACUUUGAGCAGGAGAACAACAAGAAAUCUGGCAAGCUCACCACCAAGUCUGGUCUCCAACCGGUCACUGUGGCAGACGACGUUAAAGAGAAAAUAAAACUCGAGUGCCCAAAGGUAAAAGGCCACCUGCUCAUCUUCGGAGCAACCAACUGGGAUUUAAUUGGAAGAAAGGAGGUUCCCAAACAACAAGCUGCUUUCCGCAAUCUGGGCCAAAAUCUGUGGGGUCCUCACCGUUACGGCUGUCUAAAUGACGUCCAGGUUAGCUGUGUGGUGUCUGGUCCCUGUGCUGCUCAUAGUCUCUUCAUAACCACCGAGGGCAAGCUGUGGAGCUGGGGUCGUAAUGACAAAGGUCAGCUGGGUCAUGGGGACACUAAGCGUCUGGAAGCUCCCAAGUUAAUCGAGGCCCUGGCAGAGCAUGUUGUUGUUUCUGCAGCCUGUGGACGCAAUCACACCCUUGCACUCACAGAGGACGGCACUGCGUACUCUUUUGGUGAGAACAAGCUGGGUCAACUUGGUCAGGGCAACCAGACCGAUGCAGUCCUCAGCCCCGCACUGAUUUCCUACAAUGGGCAGCCCCUGGUGAAGGUAGCCUGUGGUGCUGAGUUCAGCAUGGUGGUGGACUGCAAAGGAAACCUGUACUCAUUCGGCUGCCCCGAGUACGGACAGCUGGGCCACAACAGUGAUGGAAAGUUUAUAGCUCGCGCUCAGCGCAUUGAGUUUGACUGUGAGCUCAUCCCUCGCCGUGUUGCCAUCUUCAUUGAGAAGUCCAAGGAUGGUCAGAUCAUGCCUGUGCCUAACGUGGUGGUCAGAGAUGUUUCCUGCGGGGCUAACCACACGCUGGUGCUGGACUCUCAGAAGCGUGUGUUCAGCUGGGGUUUUGGUGGCUAUGGACGUCUCGGUCACACCGAGCAGAAGGAUGAGAUGGUUCCCCGGCUGGUUAAGCUGUUUGACUUUCCUGGCCGUGGUGCUAGUCAAAUCUAUGCAGGCUACCAGUGUUCGUUUGCUGUCAGUGAGAUGGGUGGGCUAUUUUUUUGGGGGGUGACCAAUACUUCCAGAGAGUCAACCAUGUACCCCAAAGCUGUGCAGGAUCUAUGUGGCUGGAAGAUCCGCAGCCUGGCAUGUGGGAAGAGCAGCAUCAUCAUUGCUGCAGAUGAGAGUACAAUCAGCUGGGGACCCUCGCCCACAUUUGGAGAGCUGGGUUACGGAGACACCAAACCCAAAUCAUCCACCACUGCUCAGGAGGUGAAGACCUUGGAUGGCAUCUACAUUGAGCAGGUGGUGAUGGGCUACUCUCACUCUCUGGUCAUUGCCAGGCAGGACACUCAGCAGGAACAGGAGAAACUGAAAAAGCUGCCCGAGUACAAUCCCCGAACAAUCUGAGGGGUCCACCAGCAGUGACACCUCAACCCAUUUCACUGAGCGGAGAACAGCCACGCUCAGCGGGAACACCUGGCCUAUUAGUCACUGCUGGUCACGGCAUUGUGCUAGUGGGAUGGUUGGGUUUGAGGGGAGAGGUGUUCACAGGUCUGAAGGUCAUCCACACAUCUCAACCCCCAGCAAACUGACUCCACAUCAAUUUGAACAGUGAAAUCAGAGAAGAUGGGACUGGACACUGACAGAUGCUCUGAGUGGUCCAGCUCUCACAAUGAAUGGUCACGAUAUCUUUACUCCCCACCCUGAGUGAACCUGCAACAGUUUGCUCCAAGCACUUCACAUCCAGCAGAGUUGUGCUUCCCAAAAGCCCAUUCCACUUUCUUUUGUCAUUCAUGUCCUCAAGUCUUUGUUCAGUUUGUUUGUUGCAGUAUUGAUAGUUGUGACAUUUACAGGUGCUACUGCAGGGCCCCUCAGUCUUUUCCUACUGAGGGCAUUUCAAAGACCAACACUCCAUACCUGUGCCUUUUUCUACGUGUACGUUCAGGUUAUGGAAUUAUUGUUUAUUUUGUUCAGAGAAUCAGCUGAUCUGAUUCACUUCCUGUGGCUGUGCUACUACCACAGAUUACAAUCAGGAUCUGGAACAUGCACUGUGUCUCAUUUUGAAUACUUCCAGUAGUGCACUUUCAUGUAGUACUUAUGUACUUUGUUUCCAACUGCAUGAGCUUUGAUAGGAUCGUGUUUACUCAAACACAGCUUGGUGUGCACUUCCCCAACAUUACGUACUAAGAGUACGUCUUGAUAUUUGGCAGCCAUCUUGGUAAUGGCUCCAGGCAGUUAUUUUGACUUUAAUAUCAGUGGUCACAAAACUGCAUGUACUGAAUCACCGGUCAGAUCUCAUUAAAAUACUUUAAAAAUUUGGAGACCUUUCCCCCGGAUCAGAUUUAAAAAGCUUUUUUUCCUUUGAAGUUAGACUUCUGCCACACAUUUAGUGUCACAACACCACAGAGUGUCCACAACAUCAUUCUCCUGCCAAAGGUCUCAAACGUGCCACGCUCAUUUUUGUUAUGGAUACAGUAAACCAAGAAAAAUUAAAGAAGGCUCAGAUGCUUCCUGUUUGAGCUGUUGAGUACUCCAUUCAGAUACUCAGUUCACUCUGUGCAGUUGUACUUGUCAGUGCGAGCACACUUACGCAUUAAAAAUGUAAGUGCGGAAGAAUCUGAUGUGAGACACAGCAGUGAUGUUCUGUGCACUCCAUGCAGCAUUACAUUCCUGUGAUCUUCAGUGUUUGCAUCGAGGAUGCACCACUCAGUCCUUCCAAGACCGUAGUGUCUCUUAUAUCUCGUCUUUUGCUAAUUUGAUUAUUUUUAACUAUUCCAACGCUCUAAGCGGUUUCGCAAGCAGGUCAGAACUUCGAGAAGCAACAAUGCACUGUCUGAACUGGUUCAACAUAUCAAGGUGUGCUGGGGAAAAAGCCACAGCCUUGUCUUAAAAUUAACCGGUGUUUCUCUAAUCUGUACUGUAUUCUUUUAAUGGUGAAAUUUCUCUGGGUUACAUUUUGUUUUUUUCAUUGAAAUGGUUGAAUAAAGAUUCAUGUAAAUUAA